AUUUCCCCUUCUUCUUUUAAACGCUUAACUGUCAGAGGGCUCGGUUUGACGCUGCGGCGUCAUUCAGUUUUUCUGCUUUUUAUGACCGUUUUCGAUAAAUAUGUACACUUACAUCUCGAUUAUAUUGUGUUUCGCUAUUUAUUGCUCUGAAAAAGUAUUGGCUGACGGCGAUAAUGAAGUUAAACGCGGAGCAUUUCCAUUCAUGGCUUUCAUAUACUACCCAGACGAGACAAUAGUAGAUGCAAGAGGUCUAAGGUUCCUUCGGAGCGCGGUGCUUAUCAGACCUGAUUGGCUGGUGACGUCGGCUGUGGGGCCCAGCGUCCUUAACACUCCUUAUGCCAACUUCCCUCGGAAGACUUUGCUAGCCCGUCUUGGUGCCGUCACCAUCGACUCUAACACCACUCUUAAUGAAGAUGAAGAUGAGCAAGAAAGAGAGGUGAUCCAAAUCGUCCGCCCGUACAACCACAGCGCGACGCAAUGGUGGCUCACCGACAUUUCCUUGAUGAAGACUUUGUUGCCUUUCAACGUCACCUCUGCCGUCAAUAUCGCCACCUUUAACUUCAAGCGGGACUACAACGAAAAAAACUGUUUCAUACUAGUUUACAGCAAACGAGACGUCAACCUAACAGAAGAUAAAAUACUGAUGCAACUAUUCGUAGAGUUGCUCCCAAGUACGAGGGAGACAUGCGGCCCUCAUUUCGUCGGGGACACCAUGAUUUGUGCAGCUGACAGCAAUGAACACAAGGACGCUAUUUAUGAUCCCGAUUUUUGCCAAGGAAACAGUGGUGGCCCUCUUUUGUGCGACAACGAAGUUAUAGGACUUCAAACAUACAUCGAAAAUAAUUGCAAACAACCACAUCUUUAUCAACUCAUGUCUGCUUGGGAUAACUUCAUAACUUGCGGUACAGAAGACGCGUGCCAAGAGGAAAAGUGCGCGAACGUUUGUAUUGUUGCCACGAAGGACAACCCUGUUACAGAACAUGUUGUAACACCUACACAAAAAACAGAAGAUGAGAAAUUAUUCAUAGAGACUCAGUUGAAUAUUGAAGACUCUACUACCACAAUAUUAGAAGAAAAAACAAUCGAACAAGACGAAACUGUAGUAUCUCCAACGAAAACAACAAUUAUAACAUCGACUAUUAGGGAGCUGACAACAAAAACAAAACAUUCGACAACUACGGAUCACACUAGAUCUCAUGGUACGGUCGCCUUAGACGACAAUACACCAGAAACCACGGAUUGGACGACCGGCAAAAGUGAAGAAAUUAAAGAAAUCGAACGGCGAAUAUCUAUGGAGGCUCAACAGCAACAAAAAGCCCCUGUGACCAGCCGAGCGAAAUCCACAAUAUGCGUUCUUGAAACAACUUUGUCUGCAUUUCUAAUUUCGACGUGUUUGGCUUAAAUUUCCUAAUUAUAUUAAUUUGAAGUAUUGCAAAAAGUUAAAUAAAUUCUGUUUCCUA